CAUGUACAUAUUUAUUUUUUAAAAUUUUCUAUGUUAUAUUUUUAGUUCGGAUGACUCACCUCUUAAAUGGGAAAAUCGUUGGCCAAUAUUAGAAGAAGAGUUGUUGCGUUUGAAUGCCGAUAUUUUUGGAUUGCAAGAAGUCCAACGGGAUCAUUUUGAGUGUUAUUUCGGGCCUUCAAUGUCUCAAGAGGGGUAUGCGGCAUACUACAAGCGGAGAAGAGGCUUGUCUUGGGACGGAUGUGCAGUGUUUGUAAGGAGAUCGAAGUUGGAGGUCGUCAGCUAUCGUACUGUGGAGUAUUUCGUAGGACCUUGUACAUCUAUGGAUCGAGAUCAAAUCGGGCAGAUAUUGCGGAUAAGGAGCAAGGAGACUCGCCAAGAGUUUAUUUUCGCCAAUACUCAUCUAUUGUUCGACCCGUUACGAGGUGAUAUCAAACUCGGACAACUUGCAAUGCUUAUAGCAAAUAUAGAAGAUGAGUUGACGAAAUCGCGUUGCCCUGUCAUACUAUGUGGUGAUUUCAAUAUAGAGCCACAUUCAUACAUUUAUAAAUAUAUUAUCGAAUCUAGCGAGUUAUCCGGCCAAGGACUGUUUGGAGGACCUUACGUAGAAGCAGACCGUAUUUUGCCACCAACGACAAAUAUCGGUCGAGAUAGCAUGUUUAUUAAUAAUGAAUCAUAUCGCGAACCCGUCAAUGCUGACUGUUUCACUCAUCCAUUGCGACUCGCCUCCGUAUAUCAUCAUGUCAGCGUGAACGGAGAGUCUAAUUUCCUUACCUACACAGUCGCUGGUUUGGCCGUCAUGUUUAGGUCAACGUUUGCUUUGAGGAACUCACUAGAUCUACAAAAGCAAGACAAUGAGUUGAAGGAGAUAUCCACUUAUCAUAGGGAGGUGGCGAAUCCUGACUUUUUAUUCUAUUCAGUCAAGCAGAAACUGACUACUGAUUCUAACGCGCUUGUGCUCGAGGAUCCUGAGCUUCGUUUAUUGCGGCGAUUAAGUCUUCCAGGUUUGCUGACCAUGAAGAAAACUUGUGGGCCAUGGCCGAAUCGUUACGUUCCCAGCGAUCAUGUACCACUAGUUGCAGAUUUUAUACUGUCGAAUUUGGAGAGGCUUGGUGUGAGUGCGAUUAUGUCUUAG